AAAAAGAGGGGUGGUGUCUCUCCUCCUCCUGCUGCUCUCUGUGAGUCAGAUCGUGUGUCUGGAGGAGAGUGGAUGGAUGUGGAGGAUCCGUCUAACGCUCUGAGACACGUUUCUUCUUCUUCUGCUCCACCCAGAGAUCAGCGCUGUCUUCCCUCCCUCCUCUGUGGGGAACAGGAGGGAUGAAUGGGGAGGCGAUGGAGGGGAUCCUGGAGCAGCAGCAUGCCGGUAACGACUCCCACCUCCCUCCCCCUCCCACCAUCACGCCGGCGAUCCCCCCCUACGUGAAGCUGGGUCUCACCAUCGCCUACACCAUCUUCUACUCGCUGCUCUUCGCCUUCGUCUACGCCCAGCUGUGGUUGGUUCUGAGAUACCGACACAAGCGCUUCAGCUACCAGACGGCCUUCCUGUUCCUGUGUCUGCUGUGGGCCGCCCUGAGAGCCCUCCUCUUCUCCUUCUACUUCAGAGACUGUGUGACCGCCAACGCUCUCGGACCCUUCGCCUUCUGGCUGCUCUACUGCUUCCCCGUCUGCCUGCAGUUCUUCACGCUCAGCCUCAUGAACCUCUACUGCGCUCAGGUUUACUUCAAGGCAAAGUCCAAGUACACACCUUCACUGCUCAAGUACAGACUUCCUCUGUACCUCGUCUUCUUCGGCGUCAGUCUCCUCUUCCUCGUGGUUAAUCUGGUCUGUGCCCUGCUGGUCAAAAUGACGGCGGCCGACGUGAAGACCAUCGUCCUGGUGAGGGUCACCAUCAACGACAGCCUGUUCGUCCUCUGCGCCGUCUCGCUGUCCGUCUGCCUCUACAAGGUCGCCAAGAUGUCGCUGGCCAACAUCUACCUGGAGUCUAAGGGGACGUCGGUGUGUCAGGUGACUCUGAUCGGCAUCAUGGUGGUUCUGCUGUACGCGUCGCGCGCCUGCUACAACCUGGUGGUGCUCGCCCUCACUAACAUCGAGACCAUCAACUCCUUCGACUACGACUGGUACAACGUCUCAGACCAGGUGAGGCUCUUUGGUUUUUUUCUCCAAUUGAUUGAUGUUUUAGCUGAUGAAUCAGAAUCAGAAACAGGUUUAUUACCAGGUAGGUUGACACAUACGAGAAAUUUGACUAGGUGUUGUGGUGCAUACAUACAAAAAUAAAUAAUGAAGAGUUAAAAAACAAGGAGAAUAUCGGAAGGGGAUGAAAAACAGGAAAGCAACACAAGCUGUCAAACAU